AUGGAACUCAACCGAGAACAUUCGCCACAUCAGUCGACAAUUUCCCGUUGGAAUGGAGAAUUCAAACGUGGACGGGUGAGUCUUAGCGACGAUCCCAAGGAAAACGUCGAUGCUGUGCGCAAACUCGUCAUUGAAGAUAGACAUGUGACAUAUCGCGAGACUGAGACGUCCUUGAAGAUCUCAAAGACCUCAAUUCAAAAAAUUUUACAUGAAGAAUUAGGAGUAAGAAAAUUAGUUUCUCGUUGGAUACCCCACCUGUUGACUGAAGAGCAGCCAGGGUUAAUUGGUGUCAUUGUUAGUGGUGAUGAAUCGUGGAUUUACUGUUAUGAUCCAGAAAAUAAACGACAGUCGGCUGUUUGGCCAACAAAAGUCAUCCGUUCUCGAAGUGUUUCGGUAAAGAUGGUCGCGACAUUUGUGUCAAAAGCGGGUCAUAUUGCAACAAUUCCUCUUAAUGAGCAAAGAACUGUUACUGCGGAUUGGCAUACCACCAUUUGUUUGCCAAAAGUCAUCACCGAGCUUCGAAAAAACAACCCCGAAAGAAGAAUCAUCCUCCACCAAGACAAUGCAAGCUCGCACACAAAACAAGGCAAUUUCUUUACUUUCCCGAAAAUUAAAAACAGACUGCGUGGUCAAAGGUUCCAGUCACCAGAAGAAGCACUAGGCUAUUUGUUUAGGGCUAAGAAGUACUAUUCUCCACCUGGCCUCCUCACUCAAUACAAGGCCCAGAUAAGACAUAGCGUCGAGUAUUGCUCACACGUUUGGGGUCCUGCCGCCCCAACUACAUUAUUUAGGCUCAAUGCUAUGCCCAGUCUCGGGACCCUUUCGCGCCAGCGGGCCGUCGGAGAUCUAGCUCUCUCCUACAGCUACCCAAAAGGGCUUUGCUCAUCAGAGCUCUCCUCCAUGAUGGCGCCGCGCGAUGUGCCUACCAGACAGACCCGCCUGACUUCGGCCUCCCAUUCUAACCGUAUCGAACUUCGUACAUCCAAAAACUUUUCCUGUUCUACUAACCUUAGGCAGUUCAAAAAUAGUAUUAACAAAAUUUCUUGGUGGUGCAGACAACGUAUUGUCUUUAGUGAUGAGUCUCGAUUUUGUUUAGGCAUGCACGAUGGUCGUGCCAGGGUUAGAAGGCGACGUGGUGAAAGGAAGAAUCCACAGUCUUUUGUUGAAAGACAUGUUCAUCACACUGUUGGAGUUAUGGUUUGGGGUGCUAUUGCUUAUGGUUCCAGGUCACCUUUAAUCUUCAUCAGAGGUAACAUGAACGCGCAGCGUUAUAUCCACGAAGUUCUAGAACCCCAUCUUUUACCCUAUCUUGACACCCUGGCAGAUCCAACUUUCCAACAAGAUAAUGCCCGACCACAUGUUGCAAGAGUCACAAUAGACUUCUUUCAACAUAAUGAUAUCACAUUGUUACCAUGGCCACCAAGAUCUCCCGACUUAUCCCCAAUUGAGCACGUGUGGGAUAUGAUGGGUAGGAGAUUGCUCAAUUUGCAACGUCCUCCUCAGACUCUAGAAGCACUUCGAGAGGAGUUGGUGGUUGCCUGGAAUGAGAUACCACAGGAGGACAUUGACCACCUGAUCAGAAGCAUGCCUAGGCGCGUUGGAGAAUGCGUAGCACAUCAGGGUGCAUCCACACAUUAUUAA